CAGACUCUGCAGCCUAGUCUCUGGUCAGGUAAGAGGUAGACACACAUACACUGUUGAGAAGUGAUUUAGACAGUGUGUUGAAGACAAUGUAGGAGGUUUAAGGGCACAGAAAAGACAAAGACACUAUCUAACCCAGGACACGGUCCAUUCAGUAGUCUAUCAGAUUCUAUGCCCAACAGAAGAGUUGCAGAGUAAGGUGACACAUAGAUCCAACCAGGAGAUUGGGUCUGGGUCCAAUCCCUCAAGAAAAAAGACUGGAAACAGCCACGGUGGGAAGGACCAUACCAGGUGCUACUGGUGACAGCCUUUGCAGUACGAAUAGCGGAAAGAGCCACCUGGGUCCAUAUUACACACUGCAAGAGGAUGGAGCUGCCACCUCAACCAAAACUCUUUGACUUCCAUGGAGUCUCCAUGACCAACUACUUCACUGGCAACUGGGACAAUGUACAGAACUUCCAGGCCAGACCAGAUGACAUUCUCAUCGCUACCUACCCCAAAGCAGGAACCACAUGGGUCUCCUACAUUCUAGACCUGCUGUAUUUUGGCCAGACAGACCCUGAGCAUCAGAGACCCAUCUUUGAGAAAGUUCCUUUUCUGGAGUUGCUCAUUCCUCUUUAUCCUCCAGGGGUGGAGGUGCUGGACAACUUAACCACCUCUCCUCGCCUCAUCAAGACUCACCUCCCAGUUCAGUUGCUGCCCAAGUCCUUCUGGGAGCAGAACUGCAGGAUAGUGUAUGUGGCCCGUAAUGCCAAGGACAGUGCUGUGUCUUAUUUCCACUUUGACCGCAUGAACCAGACACAGCCAGAGCCAGGAGACUGGAACAACUUCUUACAGAGAUUCAUGGACGGAAAGAUGGUGUUUGGUUUGUGGUACGACCAUGUGACUGGCUGGUGGGAGAAGAAACAGACUCACUCCAAAAUCCUCUACCUCUUCUAUGAGGACAUGGUUGAGUAUACGGGGAGAGAGCUGGACAGGCUGUGCUCCUUCCUAGGUUUGUCUCCUUCAGCAGAGGAGAAGGAGAGGGUGAGAGGAGGAGUGCAGUUUGAUACUAUGAAGAAGAACAGCAUGGCCAACUAUUCCACCCUCCCAAUCAUGGAUUUCAAGAUUUGUCCAUUCAUGCGAAAAGGAAAGGUUGGUGACUGGAUGAACCAUUUCACUGUGGCCCAGAGUGAACAGUUUGAUGAAGACUAUAAGAAGAAGAUGAAGAACACCACCGUACAGUUCCGCACUGUAGUCUAGGGGUUGAGGUCAAAUUGAUUGUCUGAUUGUUUGUGGUCAGCUAGAUUGAUUGUUUAUUUGGCGCAUAUGGACCUACGAUAGGCUGGGCUGGGGUGUCAGUCUUCCAUUGAUCCACAGUUAACUGGGUUAUAGUGUUGAAAUAUACAGGGUGAGGAUCAUAUCGUAUCAUAUCCUGGAGUGUGAAUGAGAAAGAUCAUGAAGUGUCUGAAGUUGAACUUGGACAAUUUUGUGAUGAGAAUCUCAUGGUUAAGCCUUCCUUAGGUCCAAAAACACAGCCCCAACAACGUCCCCUUUGUCCAUCUUGGACUUC